AGUGUAAUAGCAUUCGUAACCAUUUAUCUACUGUACUACCGGAUACACCUUGAACGUCGCGGGCCGUCCCAUGGCGUUCGCUUGCGCAUCCAUACCGUCGGAACUGCUAGGCGGCAGCAACGAUGCCUCGUCGAACGGUCAAGCAUGGUCACUCGGGCCAUUCAAAUUUCCAGUCCAGUUUCCUCCUCAGCACGACAGCGGUAAAAGCGGGACUCGUACGCCACCAGGCAUGGCAAGCGCCAUUCGGCAAUUUAAGGAGCUUGUAACCACCGGCAUGCACCCAAGCUCCGGCAGAGGCGGGACUGCGAGCACAAGCGGGCCAGCACUGCAACAAAGGGCUGCAGGUCAAAGGGUUGGUGGGAUGGCGCUGGAGUAUAACGAUGAUACACCCCGCCUGCUGGGCAAGCGUAGCAUCUCCCUCAGGCCGCGCCACCUGCUGCCGCUGUCCGGUGCGGAGCCCCUGUACGACGACCGAGACAGCCGCUGGUGGAACAUCAAGGAGACGGCACUGCAUGGCAGCUACAGCUGGGCCAUGCAGGACUACCAGUCAGACCGCGAGGAGGCCCCCGUGCCGGGCGACUCCUGGCGAGCGGAGGUGCCGAGUGACGUGGAGUUGGAGCCCGUGCUGACGUGUCGGGACCUUGUAAAGCAGGUGCUAGUGGACCAGCGGGGUCGCGGCGAUGCGGUGCAGUGCGCGUUCCCCGACCAGCCCUGCCCCGCCGGCAGCUACAAGGUCAUGGCGUUCACGAGUCCGGUGCCGGCUGAUGACCCCGCAGCCAACUACUGCGAUCACCACUUUUACGUGCAGCAUAAGGACGUCAACAUUACGCUGCAGCCGGGGGACAGGCUGCGUGACGUGGCAAGGUUCUUCAAGCUGCCGGUAGAGGAGCUGUACGAGGCCAAUCCCGGCUUGGUGAGCCUAGCAGAGGACGCUCCCCUGGAUCGAGAGCGAAGCCUGCUG